AUGCAGAUUAAUAUAAAAAGCAAUAUUCUGCAGCCUAUACCUAUAAAGAGAAAGAUAAUAGGGUUACCAGAAAAAAAUACAGAAUUCAAUGAUCUUCUAAAUUUAAUUUGGAAAGCUGCAUCUGCUCCAGCUACUCUAGAAUAGAUUGAAAAAAUUAAAAAAGUAAGCAAGGGGCGGUAGUUUUGCAAAAACCCUUUCGUCUUAAUUGACUAGCAAAUUUCUGAAAAUUCUAAAUCUAUUCAGGAAUUACUAGAUGAAAUUGAAUGA